UGUUUGAAAAGUACCGUGUCGUGUCAUGAAUUACGACGAUGGGUCACCGUACACGCGGCACGUGUUCCACUCGUUCGUGUGCACCACCCUCGUCGUGUUGCUUAGCUUCCAGAUAUAUGACUACUUCUGGCAACCAGAUGCCUUGGACACUGAUGUCUCUGACGUGAAAUAUGUUGUUAUGCAGCUCACGCGUGGUCUGUCCGAGGUAAAUCGUAAGCACGAGUUGUUGCGUAGCGAGAUUGACCGUAUGGCGGCGGUACUCCCUUCAGCAGCGGCGGCGGCGGCGUCGGUACUCCCUUCAGCAGCGGCGGCGGAGGCGGCCAGCAAGUCGACAGCUGAAGCCGCGGUGCAAUCUACUUGCAACUACGGAGUACAGGACGCCGCCGGAGAUUAUGAUCGAAAGAUAGUAGACUUCGCUCUAGAGUCAGCCGGUGGUCGGGUGAUAGACACGGGAAACACUAUAGAGCAUAUAAUACACGAAUCAUCAGUGGGAUAUUUACUUCAUUUGUUAGCGUCGCUAGCAUGCCGGGGCUAUGAAUGCUAUUCGGCACGAGUUGUCAUACGACCAGGAGCACUACCUGGGGAAUGUUGGGCCUUCAAAGGUAAUCAAGGUGAAGUUACCAUCCGUCUUCUGGGCACCGUUUAUGUGAGUGGUGUCAGUCUUGAACAUAUACCUCCGCAUAUGUCGCCUACUAAAGAAAUAUCAUCAGCACCACGACUUUUUCUAUUGGAAGGGUUGGAGAAGCGAGGAGGCACUACCUCUCACGACUUCGGCAGCUUCCAGUACGACAAAGAUGGCCCACCGAUUCAGUUUUUCGAAGUGCAACACCCCGCGGCUAAACCCUACAAUAUGGUGCGAUUACGAGUGAUGGGAAAUUGGGGACACUCUGUCUACACGUGUGUCUAUAGAGUCAGAGUUCAUGGAGAACUUCACCAUUCUUUAGCGCCAUCGGGAGUCAUGGAGGAAGACGCUAUGCGUAUCGAAAACGAAUAGGUUAGAUAUGUUAUUAAGUUUGGACUUUAUGCUUAAUGUAUAAGCAUUUUUUUUAUUUUACGGAAUUGUAAGUUUGU